AUGGACAAUAUCAACAAUUCCCAUAAAGAGGGAGCUGUGAUCGGCCUCCGUGAGGUUGCAGGUGUAGUAGAACGCCUCGACAUCGACGUCAUGUUGAUGACGCAGCCGGACACCUUCAAUUUGUUUCUCAUCGCAUUGAUGGAGCUCCAGGCCAUGAAGGAGAAGAACAAGGAGAUAACAUGGACACCUGACCCUGGCUAUUCCUUCACCUCGAAUGAUAUCAUGUCUUGGUACCAGAUUGCAGGUAUACAUGGCCUGCCAGCUGAAGAUUGGGCUGGGGAAAAGGAUCGUGGAUAG